CUCACAACCCUGAGAUCAUGACCUAAGACAAAAUCAAGAGUCGGACGUUUAACAGACUGAGUGUAGCUGAAGCUGCUGAAAGAUGGCAGAAGAAGUGGUGGUAGUAGCCAAAUUUGAUUACGUGGCCCAACAAGAACAAGAGCUGGACAUCAAGAAGAAUGAGAGAUUAUGGCUUCUGGAUGACUCUAAGUCCUGGUGGCGAGUUCGAAACUCCAUGAAUAAAACGGGUUUUGUGCCUUCUAACUAUGUGGAGAGGAAAAACAGUGCUCGGAAAGCAUCUAUUGUAAAAAAUCUAAAGGAUACCUUAGGUAUUGGAAAAGUGAAAAGAAAACAUAGUGUGCCAGAUUCUGCAUCUCCUGCUGAUGAUAGCUUUGUUGACCCAGGGGAACGUCUCUAUGACCUCAACAUGCCUGCUUAUGUGAAAUUUAACUACAUGGCAGAGAGAGAGGAUGAAUUAUCAUUGAUAAAAGGGACAAAGGUGAUCGUCAUGGAGAAAUGCAGUGAUGGGUGGUGGCGGGGUAGCUACAAUGGACAAGUUGGAUGGUUCCCUUCAAACUAUGUAACUGAGGAAGGUGACAGUCCUUUGGGUGACCAUGUGGGUUCUCUGUCAGAGAAAUUAGCAGCAGUUGUCAAUAACCUAAAUACUGGGCAAGUGUUGCAUGUGGUACAGGCUCUUUACCCAUUCAGUUCGUCCAAUGAUGAAGAACAAUUUGAGAAAGGAGAUGUAAUGGAUGUUAUUGAAAAGCCUGAAAAUGACCCUGAAUGGUGGAAAUGCAGGAAGAUCAAUGGAAUGGUUGGUCUGGUGCCAAAAAACUAUGUUACCAUUAUGCAGAAUAAUCCAUUAACCUCAGGUUUGGAACCAUCACCUCCUCAGUGUGAUUACAUUAGGCCUUCACUCACUGGAAAGUUUGCUGGCAAUCCAUGGUAUUAUGGGAAAGUCACCAGGCAUCAAGCAGAAAUGGCAUUAAAUGAAAGAGGGCAUGAAGGUGAUUUCCUCAUUCGUGAUAGUGAAUCUUCGCCAAAUGAUUUCUCUGUAUCACUAAAAGCACAAGGGAAAAACAAGCAUUUUAAAGUCCAACUAAAAGAGACUGUCUACUGCAUUGGGCAGCGUAAAUUCAGCACCAUGGAAGAACUUGUAGAGCAUUACAAAAAGGCACCAAUUUUUACAAGUGAACAAGGAGAAAAACUGUAUCUUAUCAAGCAUUUGUCAUGAUAAUGCUGACCAGAACUGACUGCCUCACAGCUAUAAUUCGUCAAUUAAAGACUGAGAAAAUGUCAGUCCAGUCAUGUUUGACUGGAAAUCGCUUUCUGACCCUACAUGAGAAUUGACUAUAAUACAUAAGUAUUUUUAUUAUAACUCAGCGCAUACAUAUAUACUACAUAUGCAAAGCAUCUGCACAAAGCAGUUCCUUAUCCUUGGUCUUCUGUUUUAUUGUUUUCUUUGCUGUUUUUCUCUUUGCUUCUAAUACUAAGGUUUUAUAUUUUGAAAAAAUAAUGCAGAUCAAGUCUUUACCUGGAAGAAUUUAUUGGUUUAUUUUCUUUAUGUAUGGGCACCAUAUUAGUCACUUCUGCAGUGGUUUCUCUUCAUAUAAAAUUAUUAUAUCAGUAUAUGGCAUAUGCUAAAAUAAAUUUCUCGGACAAUGUUUUUUUCUGUGACUAAAUAGCAAUAAUAAAUGGAAAAUUAGAAAUUAUUUUCAGGUAUUUGUUGCAAGCCAUUGUAAAUAUCAAGUAUGUUGUGUCUGCCAUUUUUAAAAAUUUAUUCAUUGUCUUCAUUGUAAAGCAAAACAAAUGGGACAUACGUUUGAAAACGUAUCUUGUACACUUUUAAUUUACAGCUGUUGGAAACAAAAAUCUCUAAAUUUCUAGGAUUUUGGGGGGGGUUGCUUCUUAUCUGGUUAUUCAAAAGAAUAAAGCAGUCUCUGAGAUA